CUGAGAGUUACAUGGUGGAAGGAGCUCUGCUUAGUGAAGAAACAAAGCCUCUCAUCACUGAACAUACAAACUUUCACUUUCAUUUCUUUCUUCUCUGUCAUGGCAUCUGCUGACUUGAGAGAUGACUUGACCUGCUCCAUCUGCCUCAACAUUUUUAGAGAUCCCGUAACCUUGAGAUGUGGACACAACUUCUGCCUGGUCUGCAUUGAUCGUGUUUUGGAGACACAAGAGGGUUUGGGAGUUUAUAGCUGUCCUGACUGCCGGGUGAGAUUUACGGAACGUCCUGCUCUUCAAGCUAACAUAACCCUACGGAACAUUGCGGAACAUUUCAUGUAUUUUCGGCCUGAGGAUGUGGAAGGAUCUGUUUUUUGCACAAACUGUAUUACCUCCCCAGUCACUGCAGUUAAAUCGUGUCUUCAUUGUGAAGCAUCUCUGUGUAACAACCAUCUGAAAGUCCAUAGCAAGUCCCCAGAACAUGUCUUAUGUGAGCCCACCACUAAUUUCAGCAAAAGAAAAUGCUCCUUGCACAACGAGGUCCUCAAGUAUUUCUGUUCUAACGACCGCAAGUGCAUCUGUGUCACCUGCUACUUAAUUGGCGAUCAUAGAGGACACAAGGUGGAACCUCUUAAUAAAGCUUCUCAAAACAAGAAGGCUACGCUGAAAAAUAUUCUGAAGAACCUGUCCACAUUAUUCCAGGAGACUGAAGAAAAGCUGCAGAAAAUGCAGAAAUGCAGGAGGGAAGUUCAAGAAAAAGCAAUGGACAUAAAGGAGAAAGUCUCUAAUCUGUUUUCAGACAUCAUAAAACACUUGGAAAUCCUGGAGAACAAAGUCCAGGCUGAGGUUUCCCGGCAGGAAAACCAGGUCUCUGAUAUGAUUCGGCAUCUGGAGAUACAAAAGAAUGAGCUCUCCUUGGUCGUAUGCCACAUUGAGGACCUGUGUAACAUGGCAGAUCCGUUAACCCUCUUACAAGAAUGUGUUUCCUUUCAGUUUCAUCCCUCGGAAGAAACGGGCAACGAGGUUAAAGACGACGUUGAUGAUGAAGGGAGCUAUGUGGGAGAUAUGGAUGAAGGUCUGAUCUCUGAGACGUUGCACACAGGACUGUCCGACAUCAUGUCUUUUGUAAAGAGACAGGUCUAUGUCAAGGAGAACUGGUACACACACCUGGAUGAGGACACGGUGGCCAACAACCUUCUGUUAUCCAUCGACAAGAAGUCUGUGUUUUGGACCCACAAAUUACCAGAUAUGGGACAUGUCCAGUUGCCGGUCAGGUUUCAAAAUUGUUCGCAGGUGUUAAGCUUGGAGAGUUUUUGUUCCGGGCAUCACUACUGGGACAUUGAGACCAGCAAACAUGGAGAAUGGAGGCUGGGGGUCUCUUAUUCUACCAUCGAAAGGUCUGGAGACCGCUCAUAUCUGGGAUGUAACAACAAGUCCUGGUGUUUGUGCCGAUCCAACAACAAUCAGUACUCUGUGGUGAACGACAACCAAGAAACCCAACUGAGUCCAGGCGUUUCCCAUCAGAAGUUCCGGAUCUAUCUGGACUACCAUGACGGUCAGGUGUCCUUUUACGAGCUGCGCUCCCCCAUCAGACACUUGUACACGUUCUCCGCCGAGUUCUCCGAGCCCCUCCAUGUAGCCUUCUACGUAUGUGGGGUCAAUACCUUUAUAAGGAUCAGCUAUUAGGUUCCAGGUUACAGGUCCUUGCCGUCAGUGACUGGAACGAUUAUGGUUUACAACCUACAGACCUCUAUGAACAUUUUUUUUAAUUUAAAUGUCCUUCUUCUGUGUUAUGAGAUGAUCACCCAACAUAAUAGGCCUAAAGCCUGAGGCUGUACUACUGAGAGAUUCUGAUAGCAUGUGACUCCAUGUGGUUUAAGAUGAACAAUAAUCUGCCUAGUCCUAAUUUUGCAUUAUCUGUCCCUAAUUUUCAGAGCCAGUUCUGGCAAAAUCGGGCUGUACUGGGUCAAAAAUUACUUGGGUGGUUUUUGGGCUUUCCUGGAGCGUGGCCUCCCUACCUUGAAUAUACCAACUUAAAAUGGUGGUAAGUAUGAAACACCUUAGAUAUAAUUCGAUUGACAGCUAUUCCUCCCGACCCCCCUUCCCCGCCCGCAUGGACAUGCAUGCUGGGGUUGGCCGAGGUUCAAUGUAUUCUUAAUGAGGGAGAGGGGAUAAAACAUAAAGUAUGAUGAAUCCUUAUCUCCCCUGACAUAGCUGUUGGUGGAUAGUCUAGUUACCGCCCCUUCCAUACGCAUUAGAUGGUUGGCCGGUCCUGAGGACAUUGGCCACCACCUUGUGAGGAUCCAAAUCACCAUCUACAUCCAUGUCAAGAUUCUGCUUAGUGUGAACAAUCACUGAUAGCUGUGUAGAUGUGUGGACAUAGAUACAAAUGAGGUCUCCAAGAACUUACCAGAUUAGAAGAGGACCUGUUGUGUCUCAGUGGUGCCGUCCUAGGGUUCUGGCCUUCAAGAGAUUGUAUCAUAGCUAAGAAGGAAUAUAUCAGAAAGCUGUUUCAACACAUUUAAUAUACAAGAAAGGGACUUUUUUUUUAAAGUAAUUUCUUCUCGUUGCAAAUGAAUCUCACUUAAUGUGGGCACCCAUGGGUGCUCUGCCCAGCUAUGGCACGAGCAUGAAAGGAGUUGUCUCAGUAUGGCACUGUGACAACUUGCAACGUGGACUGGACCUGAUCCGGGACCUUACAGAUCUGUUUGCUCCAUUGUAUAGUUUUGUACUGUUUUUAA